AUGGGUAAAUCAUAAUUAGACCCAAAUCCUUUAGAGCUUCUCCGAGAAGAAUUAACUACUGAUGAAGUCUACGUGAAAGUAAAUGCAAUCCAUCGGCUUCAAAUCGUGGCUACAGUGCUAGGUCCAGAGCAGGUCAAAAGUCAGCUCUUGCCUUAUUUAGCAAGUAUUUUUUAUGCAGCCCUCACAAAUGAAGAUGACGAAGUCCUCUUUGCGCUGGCCCAAGAGCUGGGAGCUCUUUAUACAUUUCUCCCAGGCCAAGCAAGCGCUUUGAUGCCUUUAUUGGAAACUUUAGCAGCAAUGGAUGAAACAGUGGUCAGAGAUCAAGCAGUGAAGUCACUUAUGAUAAUUGCAGAUGUUUUGCCUGAUAGUGAUAUAAUUAAUCUGUUUGUACCGACCGUUAUCAAGUUAUCCACAGCUGAAAAUUUCUCAGCCAGAGUGUCUGCGUGUGCUUUGUUUGCAUCUGCAUAUCCUCGCAGUGGAAAUUUGAAAGAAAAACUUAGGCAGAAGUUUUUGGAACUAAGCCACGAAGAAACACCAAUGGUUAGGAGAGCUGCUGUCAUUGAAAUGGGUGUAUUUGCCAAGGUAAUUGAAAAACAAUUUUUAAUUUCUGAGCUCAUCCCUGACCUCCGGCAGCUAGCCCAAGACGAGCAAGACCAAGUCAGAACUCUUUGUGUAGACAGCUUAAUCGAGGUUUCCAAGCUGCUCAACAAAGAAGAAAACAAGCUCCACUCCCUCCCUAUCAUUAUCCUAAUCGGUGAAGACAAAUCCUGGAAAGUCCGCUACACCUUUGCAAAAGAAUUCCCAGCCCUUUCUGACGCCUUAGGCAAAGACAUCACCGAAAGCUCCUUAAUCCAGACUUUUGUCCAAGUUUUGCGUGACAUUGAAGCUGACGUCAAAGCUAUAGCACUAUUAUCAUUGAAAAAGUCUUUACAAGUGAUAUCAAGAGACAGAAUCCAAACUUUGGUUUUCCCAACUGUAGAAGCUAUCGCACAAGACGUAUCUUUACCUCCAAAAGUCAGGAAAAACUGCGCACAAGUGAUUUCUGAGAUGGUUGGGUUUGUAGGGAAAGAAUUUGCAGCGGCAAGAAUUUCGCCGAUUUGUUUGACUUUGCUAAAUGAUGAUAAUUAUGAAAUUAAAUUGAAAAUGAUUGAAGGGCUUGGAAAUGUAGCUGGAGCUGUUGGGCCAGAAUUUCUGAGUCCACCUAUUUGUGAGAUUUUAUUAAACUUAGCAAAGGAAGCGCCACAGUGGAGACUUAGAGAGUCAGUUUAUAAAAGUUGUGUAUCAAUAGCUCAGGCUUUAGGAGAAGACGUGUUUAUUGGGCUACUUCAGCCGAUUUAUUUCAAUUUUUUGACUGAUACAGUGAAUGAGGUAAGAAAAACGGGGGUCAGAAAAGUCGCUGAUUUAGUGCAAGUUCUCAGUCAAAAUUGGGUGCUGGCUGAAUUUCUGCCUAAGCUUGAAGACCUCUACCACCAAGAUCUCGGCUAUAUCAGCAGGAGGACUGUUCUUCAUGCCUUAAGCCACCUCACCUUAGAAGCUGACCAAUUUAUCCCAAUUUUCACUGAGGCAGCCAAAGAUAAAGUCGCAAAUAUUCGCCUUGUCCUUUGUAAAGUGAUCAAAAGACUCAGUUCAAGAAUAGACAUCGCCCCAUUCAAAACCAUGCUACAAGAGUUGUCAAGAGACCCUGAUAAAGACGUCAAAUACUUCGCAAUCCAAGCUCUUAAAUAG